ACCAAAUCUCAAACCUAGCUCUUGUUUUUUUUUCUUUACUUGUUCAAACUUUUACACCCAACUUAAAACUUUGUUUUAAAAAAUGUCAAAAAUUCAUCCUCACCAUUUAGCAACACCAUCACAAACACCCUUAAGUCUAGAUCAACCUUCAACAUCUCAUGAUCCUCAUUCUUCCUCUUCCUCUUCCUCUUCCUCUUCUACUUCUAAUACACAAAGAGAAAUCUUCACAAUUUGGAUGAAAUCACUUAUUCUAGGAGGUAAAGGUUGUACCGUUUUCGAUUCGAAAGGACAAGUUAUAUAUAGGGUUGAUAACUAUUCUUCUAAAUGUUGUGAUCAAGUUUACCUCAUGGAUUCUAAAGGCCAUGUCCUCUUGACAAUCCUUAGGAAGAAAUUUAGAUUGUUAGCACGUUGGGAUGGAUAUAGAGAUGACAAGAAGAACGGAGCUUCAUGGUGGUUUCAAGUUAGAAAAAGUUGGAAAAUUCCCCAAAUGCCCUUCAAUUGUGAAGUUGUUGUGAAUUUGUAUCAUGACAAAAAAUCUCCUGCAUUCAAGAUUGUGAAGGGAAAAAGUGAACUUACAUCUUGUAAGAUUGUUGAUAGAUUGGGUGGCCUCAUUGCAGAGGUGAAGAGAAAGCAGUCAAUAGGAGGGGUAGUUUUGGGAAAUGAUGUGCUUACAUUAGUGAUUGAGCCUAAUAUUGAUCCCUCCUUAAUUAUGGGACUUAUGGUUGCAUAUAAUCUCAUUCAUAGUAGAAUAUGAUUUGUAUAUUAAGGCUUUUUUUUCUUUUUUUUUUUUACAUUUUUGUAACUACAAAUAUAUAGUCCCAUUGUUUUGGGGUUUUGAUCCGAUUGUAGAUAUUCUUGCUCUUUUUCUUUUUUUUUUUUAUGUUUUUAUUUAUUAGGCUGUUGUUUAGAAGACAACUUUAAUUAGUUGUCUCAAAAAAUUUUACUAUGAUA